AUGAUGUGUGUAACUGAAGGCAUUAGGUCGUUUUUAACACCAGAGGCAUUUUUUAAGAAAUCAUCAAACAAAUCUUGGACAACGAAGAACCAACUGUGGCCUUGGCGUCGGUCAGACUGUUACUUGGAUUGUACGGUAUCGGUUGGUGUUUCUUUUAUUUUAAGUAGUGACUCAAAUACUAGCUUACUUACAAGGAGCUUAUAG